GGGUGGAAUUGAACCCAGGUCCCUGGCACUGCACUGAGCCAAUGUUAUCAAUUUUAUAGUGUUUAAAACAACAAGGGAUCCAGAACAGUUGAUGAUGAAGAAACAUGCCAGUGACUGUGUGUGUAUAUUGGUGCCAGCUUCAGUCAUCGCUCUCAAAAGGGAAGUGCAUAAUUUUAAAAUUCAUUCAUGAGAUGUGGCUAGAGCUGGCUGUGUCAGCAUUUAUUCCCUGUGCCUAACAACCCUUACUGAAGGUAUUAGUUGCUAAUUUGAACUGCUCUGGUCUGUUUUCUGUAGGUAGAUUUACAUUGUUGCCAGGAUUUUGACCCAGUGUCACUGGAAAAAACAGUAAUAUAAUUCCAAGUCAGGAUGGUAAGUGGCUUUGAGUGGGACUUGCAGAUAGUGAUAUUCCCAUUUGUCCACUGUCCUUGCCCUACCUUUUUUUAAUCUAAUUAACUUGUUCAGCGAUGUUAUUACACCCCCCCAAAUCAGGUGGUACUUGAAUCCAGGCUUCUUGGUCUAAAGGUAGGAACAUAACGCUGUGCCACAAGAAGGGACCCUGAAGAAUGACAACAGUGAACAUCGCUAGCAACAGUGAUGAGAGUGGGAUAUAAAGUGGCUGUGUGUUUGAAUGAUGAUGUCCAAGGAGCCUUGGUGAAUUUCUGCACUGAAUCAUUUAGGCAUCAGUGGUGGAGGGAGAGGAUAUUUGUGGAAGUGGUGCCAUCAUGCGGGUUGCUUUGACUUGGAUGUUAUCAAGCUUUUUGAAUGCUGUUGGAUCUACACACUUUCUGGUAAAUGGGGGAGUAUUCUGUCACAGUCCUGAGAGGGAGGUUUGAAUGGAACACAGUCUCUAAACCAAGACUGUAAUGGAUAAGGAAGGAAUCAUUUGAAGCUAAUAUAAGCUUGCUAGACUGAUUCAACAACAGACAACUUCUUUAUGAAGAUACUUUUGCAAAAUGUCUUGAUGACAUUCUUGUGUAUAACAUACAUUAGGAAUAAAGAAACUGAAAACUAAAAGAGUGUGAUAAAAUCCUGAGUUUUCAUUCAAUAUACAUUCUACCACCAGGAUAUGUGUGCAAGUCCUUGGACCACCCAAAAUCGGAAUGGGAGGAAUUGAAGGAGAUAAACAUUAUUUUAUUGUGAUGAAAGAAUUUACUGAAAACAGGAAGAAGAUCCAAAAAGGCUCAUUGGGAUAUUGCACUAGAUCAGAAAAUGAAUUAUCUGCAGUUGUGGAGUUUAACAAAAAGACCAUAAAGUUAGCAAAAGUGAAGCAAGAAGAUCUCCAAGAAAUCAGCAAGGAUGAAGCAGAGUUGCUUCUUGAAAUCCAGGACAUGUCUCAUCGAUGUGCACUUGUUCAGAAUGAAAAUCUUUUCAAGUCUAUUUCUGUCCUACAAAUUAAUGACAUUGUGCAAGUGAAACGGAACAGGGUAACAUGGGUAGGAAUUGUCAAAGAUAUUCACAAAUCUAGGCUUGACAGUGGAUUGGAACUAAAUGGAUUGUUGUUUCAAGUAGAGUGUGUGGAGGGAGGAGACCAUAAAAUGAAGGGGAGGAAAAAUGACAAAGAAGUUUUCAUUAAUGCAGGAGAUAUCACUUGCGCAAGUAAUGCUAAAGUGGGACCGUCUCAUUCAAAUGAUAAAGAGAAUAAAUUGUACAGUAAUGAUACGGAAAUCUGGAACAAGUCGCCAGUUGGAAGUCAGUCUCCUAGUUUGUCGCCUAGGAAAAUGGGCAGAGAAAAAUCGGAUGAAAUUUCCACAUCGGCUCAUUCAAAGAUUUCUAAACACAAAACUUUCAAUUCUACCCUAUCUAUUCCUGGUCAAAAGCUUGUGGAGAGUGACAGUAUUGCUCUCGAGGUUGAGUCGAUGGUGGAAGUGAAAUUGCCUAAUAAUGCUGUAGUCUAUGGAGUUAUCAAAUGGAUCGGUAUACCAGAAGGUCACGACAGUCUCUGGGCAGGAAUUGAGUUGGACUAUGAACUAAAAGAUGCGAGUGAUGGAACUUUUGAAAAAAAUCGUUAUUUUUGUUGUGAACAGAACAAAGCAACUUUUAUACCAUUAAGGAACUGUAAACCUGACGCACGCUUUUCAUCAAACUUGCUGAGGGAGAUAGUCAGCAGUCCAGUUCCUACACCAGUGAAGACAAUUCAAGAUAACCUGACCAUACAAGGGGACGUUCCUCCAGUGCGAGAAAAUGAAGUCCUGCAGUUGAUGAAAGGAAGAAUGAAAGGGAUUCAGGGGCACCACAAUUCUUGCUAUCUGGACUCCACAAUUUUUAGCUUGUUCGCAUUCACUUCAGUGGUGGAUAGCAUACUUCACAUGCCUGGAGGACACAGUGAGAAAAUUCAACAUGUACUGAGGGAGGACAUAGUCAACCCACUACGCAAGACUGGAGUUGUGAAUGCAGAUAAAGUGACAAAAUUAAGGAAACUAUUAGGAUGUGACACGUUUACUUCAGCAGAAAAGGAUCCAGAAGAAUUCAUCAAUGUCCUACUGCAUGAAGUGCUGGCAGUUGAUCCAUUGUUAAAGAUCAGGUCAGGCCAGAAAAUUCAAGAGAGCUACUGUUAUCAGAUAAUCCUGGAGAAAGAUGAGAAACUGACCGUACCAACAGUGCAGUUGCUUCUGGAGAGAUCCUUUCUCUCUUGUGACUUAAAAUUUGAGGAGAUCCCAUCAUGCCUGCUGGUUCAGAUGCCACGAUUUGGAAAACAAUUUAAAAUGUUCCCAAAGAUUAUGCCCUCAUUGGAACUAGAUAUCACAAAUUUGCUUAAUAACACUCUGAGACAGUGCUUUAUAUGUGGAGAAGUGGCAGAAUAUGAAUGUGCCCAGUGUCUUCUGGACCCAACACUUCAUCCUGGUGCCAUAAAACAAUACUGCAUCACUUGCAAUAAACAGGUUCAUUCCCAUAAGGAGAGGAAGGACCACCAGUUCAGAAAAUUUCCAUAUCCAAGAGACAUUUCUGCUGGAUUCCCUUUUCCACAACACAGGAUGGAAUUGUUUGCAGUGCUUUGCAUUGAAACCAGCCAUUAUGUUUCAUUUGUGAAAUAUGGGCCCAGCAAACACUCAUGGCUUUUCUUUGACAGUAUGGCUGACCGAAUUGGUGAUGAGAAUAUUCCAGAGAUAACGGAUUGUCCACAAAUAGGUGAUUACCUGCUGAUGUCAGAGAACAUUCUGGCUUAUACAGACCUGAAGCAGCUUGAUGGAUUUGCAAAGAGACUUUUUUGUGAUGCCUAUAUGUGCAUGUAUCAAAGCCCAAGAAUGUGCUUGUAUAAAUGAUGUGCAAAAGAAUUCAAAAGACUGACAGUGAAACUGACCUUUCAGAAAGUUAUUGGAAAUAGUCUUGUCUUCAGUGUUCAAUAUCCUCAAGUGAUGGAGAUCGUUGAAUGGGAAGUAAUAGAUCUGACAAAUGCUCCUAUACUAUCUUCGACUGAAAUGCCGUGCAUGACAAAACAACUUUGUAAAGAUGGUUAGGUAUUUUGAUUUUGAAUUUAAACCUGUUUUAAAUAAAUGUCUGACGCAACUAA